AUGGGGAGCGCCGCCGUGAUCGUGAAGAAGGCCCUCUCGGUCGACGCGCCCGAGUUCGUGAUGGCGGCGAACAACAACGGGCCAGCGGCGGCCGACGCCGGCGGCAGUAGUGAUGCGACGACCCCGCCGCCUGGAAACGUCCGAGCGGGGAGGAGGGGUGCUUACAGGCCUCGAAAGUUGUUGUCUCGGUCGCAAGAAGCUGUAAGAAGAACAGUCUUUGUCAAAUACAUUGACCACACUAUUACUGAGCAGAUCCUGGCUGCACUAUUCGGGUCAUAUGGGACUGUGGUGGAUUGUCGCAUCUGUGGAGACCCCUCGAAUGGUCUCAGGUUUGGGUUUGUAGAGUUCCAACGUGAGGAGGAAGCAUACUCUGCAUUAUUACUUAAUGGUAUCAUUAUCGGGAUGUACCCUCUGAGUGUUUCACCUUCAAGGACUGCAAUCUGUCCUAUUAACCCAAGGUUCCUUCCUCAGUCUGAAGCUGAGUGGGAGAUAUGCUCGAGGACUAUCUAUUGCACCAAUAUCAGCAAGAUUGUCCAAAGUAGUGAUCUGAAAGCCUUUUGUGAGGCAUACUUUGGCAAGGUUUGCCGCCUCAAGCUUCUGGAUAAUGACAAGCGCUUGACAAACUUAGCUUUUAUUGAGUUUGCUGAGGUUGAUGCUGCUAUUGCUGCUCUGGGGUGUGACGGCAUUUUCGCAGGUGGCCACCGAAUCAGGAUAUGCCCAUCCAAGACCCCGAUAAGGAGCUACUGCUAUGGGAUCGCCUGUGCUGGCAUGGGCGUUGGUGGAGACUAA